UGUCCAGACCACCAGUGUCCAUUUCCCAAACACACGGCAUAAUUACUCUGAAUAGCCAGAGUAGCUACACUCUCAAGCGGCGGCCAUGGGCGGCAGCUCGGAGGAGAACAAGAAGAAGAACGUCAACGGCAGCGGCGCCGGGGAGACGAUGAGGGCGGCGCCGAGGGUGCCGGUGCCGGAGGCGCGGCCGUUCCUGGACACGUUCCGGGCGAACCUCAAGGAGACCUUCUUCCCCGACGACCCGUUCCGGUCCGUGGUCCGGGAGCGCGGCUUCGGCCGGCGCGCCAUGGCCGCGCUCCGCUACUUCUUCCCGUUCCUGGAAUGGAUCCCUUCCUACAGGCUCGGCGCCUUCAAGUCGGACCUCAUCUCCGGCAUCACCAUCGCCAGCCUCGCCAUCCCGCAAGGCAUCAGCUACGCCAAGCUCGCCAACCUGCCCCCCAUCCUUGGCCUCUAUUCGAGCUUCGUGCCGCCGCUGGUGUACGCCAUGAUGGGGAGCUCGAGGGACCUGGCGGUGGGGACGGUGGCCGUGGCGUCGCUGCUUAUUGGGUCCAUGCUGGGAGCGGAGGUGUCGCCCACGGAGAACCCGGCGCUCUACCUUCAUCUUGCCUUCACUGCCACUUUCUUCGCCGGCGUCUUCCAGGCCUCCCUCGGCAUCCUCAGGCUGGGUUUCAUCGUGGAUUUUCUGUCGCACGCUGCGAUCGUGGGGUUCAUGGCCGGCGCGGCGACCGUGGUGUGCCUGCAGCAGCUCAAGGGCAUGCUGGGCCUCGAGCACUUCACUACCUCCACCGACCUCGUCUCCGUCAUGCGCUCCGUCUUCUCCCAGACACACCAGUGGCGAUGGGAGAGCGUCGUGCUCGGCAGCGGCUUCCUCUUCUUCCUCCUCCUCACCCGCUUCUUCAGCAAGAGGCGUCCAAAGCUAUUCUGGAUAUCCGCGGCGGCGCCAUUGACGUCGGUGAUCCUGGGAAGCGUUCUGGUGUACCUCACUCAUGCUGAAAACCAUGGCAUCCAAAUUAUCGGUUACCUGAAGAAAGGCCUGAAUCCACUGUCAGUGACAAGCCUGAACUUCACGCCGCCGUACAUGAUGCUCGCCGUCAAGACCGGGAUCAUCACCGGCGUCAUCGCCCUCGCCGAAGGGAUUGCUGUGGGGAGGAGCUUCGCCAUGUUCAAGAACUACCACAUCGACGGGAACAAGGAGAUGAUCGCCAUCGGGACGAUGAACGUGCUGGGCUCCUUCACCUCCUGCUACCUGACGACUGGGCCCUUCUCCCGGUCCGCCGUGAACUACAACGCCGGCUGCAAGACGGCCAUGUCCAACGUGGUCAUGUCCGCGGCCGUCAUGGUGACGCUGCUCUUCCUGACGCCGCUCUUCCACUACACGCCGCUGGUGGUGCUGUCGGCGAUCAUCAUGUCGGCGAUGCUGGGCCUCAUCGACUUCCCCGCCGCGGCCCACCUCUGGAGGGUGGACAAGGUGGACUUCUGCGUCUGCGCGGGGGCCUACCUCGGCGUCGUCUUCGGCAGCGUCGAGCUGGGCCUGGUGGUGGCCGUGGCGAUCUCCGUGCUCCGGGUGCUGCUCUUCGUGGCCCGGCCCAGGACCACGGUGCUCGGCAACGUGCCGGACACGGCCAUGUACCGCCGGAUGGACCAGUACGCCACGGCCAGGGCGGUGCCCGGCGUGCUCGUGCUCCGUGUGGAUUCCCCCAUUUACUUCGCCAAUGCUAGCUACCUCCGGGAGAGGAUCUCCCGGUGGAUCGACGACGACCAGGAGCGCACCGCCGCCAAGGCCGAGAUGAGCGCCCAGUAUGUCGUCCUCGACAUGGGCGCUGUGGGUAGCAUCGACACCAGCGGGACGAGCAUGCUGGAUGAGCUCAAGAAGACCCUGGACAGGAGGGGAAUUCAGAUCGUUCUGGCGAACCCGGGGAGCGAGGUCAUGAAGAAGCUGGACAGCUCCAAGGUGCUGGAGCUCAUCGGCCACGAAUGGAUCUUCCCGACGGUGGCCGAGGCCGUGGCGGAGUGCGGCUUCGUGCUGCACUCGCACAAACCGGGCAUGGCCAUGGGCAGCGCACCGUCAGGCCAUGAAAACAUAGUCUGAUUGAGUCUGACCAGAGUUGUCAAACAGGCAAGCCGAGAUCAAUAUAAGGAUCUCUGAGUAUUGUACUAAGUUGUGAAGAAAAUCCACAGAUCACCUUUUUUGAGGGGGGUGUUAGAGCACAAGAUAAGCUUAUGCAGACGCACUGGAGUUGAUGAUCUGACUAACCUUCCCAAACAUUCAUCCUGAUUCUUGCAUGGCAGAAUGGAAAGUCAUCAGGUGUCAGUUCGUCGA